CUGACAAAGGAAAUACACGGAUCAUCCCGGGCUUGAAAAAGCUCCAUUUUGAAAGAGAAGGAGAAGAGAAGCAGGGAGACUGGAUUGCAGGAGGGGGUUUCGCGGGAUUCUGGAGACUUUGGAGCGAUGGACCAGUGACCUGAGCCUGGGAUACAGGUUUGUGCGAUGCUGGUCCCGCGGGGCGGCGGCCGGGGGAGCCGGCGGCGGCUGCUGACCGCGGUCCUGCUGCUGGUCACAGCCUGGGCCGGGGGGAGCGGCCAGCUCCAUUACUCGGUGCCGGAGGAGGCGAAACACGGCACGUUCGUGGGCCGCAUCGCGCAGGACCUGGGGCUGGAGGUGGCGGAGCUGGUGCCGAGGAUGUUCCGGGCGGUGUCCCAGGGCCGCGGGGACUAUCUGGAGGUGAAUCUGCAGAACGGCAUCCUGUUCGUCAAUUCGCCCAUCGACCGGGAGGAGCUGUGCGGCCGGAGCCCCGCCUGCAGCAUCCACCUGGAGGUGAUCGUGGACAAGCCGCUGAGGGUCGACCAUGUGGAGGUGGAGGUCAAGGACAUCAACGACAACCCGCCCAUCUUCCCGGUAACACAAAAAACUCUGUUGAUUGCAGAGUCAAGGCUGCCAGAUUCGAGAUUCCCGCUAGAGGUCGCUUCUGAUGCAGAUAUCGGAGUGAAUUCUAUCCUGACCUAUAAACUGAGCGGUAAUGAUUACUUCGCUUUGGAAGUACGAACCAAAAAUGACCGAACUAAAUCCGUAGAUCUUCUUUUAAGGAAAUCUCUGGACAGGGAAGAAGUUCCCGAGCAUCACUUGGUCCUGACGGCCACAGACGGGGGCAAACCCGAGCUGACGGGCUCGGUGGAACUGGUGGUGACGGUUCUGGAUGCGAAUGAUAACGCCCCGCAGUUUGACCGAUCCGAGUACGAGGUAAAAUUAUUAGAGAAUACCGCAAACGGGACACUAGUCAUCAGAUUGAACGCCUCUGACCAGGAUGAAGGAAUUAACAAGCUUAUAAUGUAUUCGUUUAGUAAUCUUGUUCCGGCUGAAGUGAAAGAUGCCUUCACCAUUGACAUGGAAACAGGAGAGAUCAGAGUGGCGGGCGAAUUGGAUGCCGAAAACAUCAAUUCAUAUGAAAUCCCUGUGGAGGCUGUUGACAAAGGAAAUCCACCUUUAUCCGGCCACUGCAAAGUUUUAGUGGAAAUCUUGGACACGAAUGACAACGCCCCCGAGAUAACGGUGACGUCUCUGUCAUUACCCGUCCGGGAGGACGCCCCGCCCGGCACGGUGAUCGCGCUGAUCAGCGUGUCCGAUCGAGACUCCGGGGCCAACGGGCAGGUGAUGUGCACCCUGGCGCCCCCCGGGCCGUUCGGGCUGGUGUCCACCUUCAAGAAUUACUAUUCGCUGGUCCUGCAGGGCCCCGUGGACCGCGAGAGCGUGGCGGCCUACGAGCUGCGGGUGACGGCGCGGGACGGCGGGGCCCCGGCGCUGGAGGCCACGGCCAGCGUGGCGGUGGCCAUCGCCGACGUGAACGACAACGCGCCGGCCUUCGCGCAGCCCGAGUACACGGUGCUGGUGAAGGAGAACAACCCGCCGGGAAGCCACAUCUUCACCGUGUCGGCGCGGGACCCGGACGCGCGGGAGAACGCGCUGGUGUCCUACUCGCUGGUGGACCGGCCGGUGCGGGAGCGGCCCCUGUCCAGCUACGUGUCGGUCCACGCGGAGAGCGGGCGCGUGUACGCGCUGCAGCCGCUGGACCACGAGGAGCUGGAGAUGCUGCAGGUCCAGGUGUGCGCCCGCGACGCGGGGGUCCCGGCGUUGGACAGCAACGUGACGCUGCACGUGUUCGUGCUGGACGAGAACGACAACGCCCCUCUCGUGCUGCCCCCGCAUUCCGGGGCGGCCGCCGCGCCCUCGUGGUCCUCCGCGGCGUCGAGCUCCCGGUCCGGCUCCCCCGGGGCGUCUCCGCCGGGUCCGGAGCUGGUGCCGCAGGGGGCCGGGCCGGGGCACCCGGUGGCGAAGAUCCGCGCGGUGGACUUGGACUCGGGCUACAACGCGUGGCUGGCGUACGAGCUGCGGGCGUUGGGCGGCGGGGCCGGGCGCGGCCCCUUCCGCAUCGGGCUGUACACGGGCGAGAUCAGCACGGCGCGGGCCCUGGACGAGGCGGACGGGCCGCGGCACACGCUGCUGGUCGUGGUGCGGGACCACGGGGAGCCGGCGCUGCGGGCCACGGCCACGGUCAGCGUGUCGCUGGUGGACCACGGCGGGCAGGACGCCAAGGCGGCGGCGGCGCGGGCGGCGGCGGCGCGGGCGGCGGGGGCCCCGGGGGGCGGCCCGCGGGCGGCCCUGGGGGACGUGAACGUCUACCUCGUCGUGGCCAUCUGCGCCGUGUCCGGCCUGUUCGUGGUGACCGUGCUGCUGUACGCGGCGCUGCGGUGCUCGGCGCCCCCGCGCGGGCUGUGCGGGCCCGGCCCGCCGGCCCUCGUCUACUCCAGCGCCGUGGGCAGUUGGUCCUAUUCUCAGCAAGGUCGCCGGCGGCGACCCAACGCCUGUGCGGGGGACGGGGCCGCCAAGAGCGACCUCAUGGCUUUCAGCCCCAACAUGCCACCCUGCCCGGGACCCCGGGACAGCGGGGAACAGCCAGGGAUCGGCCCAGAGGACUCGGGAAAGCCGAAGCAGCCCAAUCCAGACUGGCGUUAUUCUGCAUCGCUCAGAGCUGGAAUGCAUAGCUCUGUGCACCUGGAGGAGGCUGGUAUCCUGCAUGGCCGGCUUGGGGGACCUGAUCAGCAGUGGCCAACCGUAUCCAGUGCGAAUACAGAGCCAGAGGCGGGAGAGGUGUCACCUCCAGUGGGAGCCGGGGUCAACAGCAACAGCUGGACCUUUAAAUACGGACCCAGCAACCCCAAACAAUCCGGCCCCGGUGAGUUGCCCGACAAAUUCAUUAUCCCGGGAUCCCCCGCCAUCAUCUCCAUCCGACAGGAGCCGCCCAAGAACCAAAUUGACAAAAGUGACUUCAUAACCUUUGGCAAGAAGGAAGAAACCAAGAAAAAGAAGAAAAAGAAGAAGGGGAACAAGGCCCAGGAGAAAAAAGAAAAGGGGAACAGCACCACGGACAACAGUGACCAAUAGAGGAAGGCCCAAUGGAAGCAAGCCACUUAGCCAGUUUUGUAACCAUGGCGACUCUCUCCUAUGUAGCAACUCCUCCAACCCACACCAUCCCUGUCCUUCCCCCAACUUCCACAGUCAUUCGGAAGUUCACGGUGUCUGUCUAGAUUGCUUAACGGGGUUUUGUCUGUCCUUAACCUGCUGUUAACUCUUUCUCUCCACUCUGGCUUGUUUUCAGAAUCUAAAAAGCAGACCCAAGUUUCCUUUCUCCUCCGCCGAAAAGGAGACCCCUCCCAGCCCCGCCAGUGAGAGGUUUGGACUCUUGUGGUUCCUGGGAUCCUGUCUUGAUGACACUUGCAGGGCUGGCUUAAAGGUCUUGA